UAUAGCCUAUUUUCUUUGGGGUGUGAACGAGGGUCAUUAGUUAAUAUUUUUUGUCUUUUCCAGCGUAGCUCGCAGAUGGGUUGGGAAGACAAAAUCAGUUGGAUUAACAGAAAACUCACAAAGUAGUUAAGAUCCUCCACCCUCCCUGCCCUCCUGGAGAUGGUGUGGAGGUUAGUGGGGCGCCAGAGAUGGUCUCCUUUUUAGAAUGGUCAAAGACGAUUUCAGCAGAACCUCAGAGAUCCAGCAGAACGACAGAACCACGACCACGCAGAACCAUCCAGAACAUCGGAACGCCAGCGACCCGAUUGGAGGGGAAAGCGCAUCCAAGGAAGAUCUGGGAACCUAACUUUAAAACUCCAAAAAUGCCUGACUAUCCAGCCCCAGCCUCCCCCCCAGACUCAGCCUCCCCCCCAGCCCCAUCCCCCCCCCCAGCCUCCCCCUCAGUUACAGCCUCCCCCCCAGCCUCCCCCUCAGUUACAGCCUCCCCCCCAGCCCCAGCCUCCCCCCCAGCCCCAGCCUCCCCCCCAGCCCCAGCCUCCCCCCCAGCCUCCCCCUCAGUUACAGCCUCCCCCCCAGCCCCAGCCUCCCCCCCAGCCCCAGCCUCCCCCCAGCCCCAGUCUCACCAUCGGCCCCCUCCCCAAGCUCUGCUUCCCUGGCCCACGCACCUGCGCCCGUUCUGCAGCCAUGCAGAGUGUGUCCUGGUGCAGCUCACACACCUGCAGCUGCACCGCAGCGGCUUCUACUACGCAGCCAUGAGCAUGGAGGACGCCCACCACACCCUGCAGGCCUGCCCCCUGGGGACCUUCCUCAUCAGGGACAGCUGCCAGGCGGACGUGUUCUUCACCCUGAGUUACCGCGGCAAUGACGCCCCCACCAGCGUGCGCAUCGUGCUGAGCAAGCAACUCUUCAGCCUGCACGGCAGCAAGAAGACCUUCCAUUCGCUGUUCGGCCUGCUGCGUCACUACAUGAGGUCCUCCCAUAGGCUGAGCCGGCCUACCGCCGCUCAGCCCCCACGCUGCAGGAGCUCUGCCGCCUGGUCGUCAUGACGACCCGGGGGGAGGAGGAUGUACGAGAGCUGAGGCGGAGCCUCGGGCGUCGUCAGAGACUUCCUGCUGGCCUACCCUCACUGUGUGUAGACAGACACACAUACACACGCACACAACAUGUACACAUACACACACAU